AUGAUAUACAAAGUGUGCCUGCCAGAUGACCACAGAAGCAGUAAGAAGGCAUACAGCACCCUCAAGACCUUCACGAAGACCAGUCAGCCCAAGGCCAGUUGUAUAUCAAACGCUGACUGGAAUCUCCUUACCGAGAUUGCCACAGUCUUAAACAGAUGGGAUGAAUACUCAAGUGAUCUCUACAACUAUCCGCUCCAACCGGACUCCAGUCUCCUUCAGAUUGAUCCCGGACCAGUAUCCCACCCAUACUUAAGACAGAGUAAUACGGAAACCGUCCACAUAAACAGUACAGGAAGCAGCAAGGAAACAACAGCAGCAUCGACAACUGAAGCCUCAAUAGUUCGAACAACCUCUCCCAAUGGAGUGGAUGGCAUUUGGGUAACCGCGAUAUCCCAAGGUCAUUUCAGUGGUAUCACGGAAAAUAAUACCACAUUGCUCUUUGAGUACUUUACGAACGAAACAACUGUAUUAAACAACAAAUCGCAUGGAAAUAGGGAAACAACAGAGUUCACGACUGUGCAAAACGCUUUAUUAUAUCAAAAGUUCAUUAUCAUCAUCGGCUCACUGGCAGUUGCAGUAGUCCUUAUUGCGGCUUCAGUGUUGAUUUGCGGCUACAGGAAAUACUAUCAUCUAUCAGAUGCUUUGGAAUUGGCAACUGCAACGACUGAUGUCCCGGUUGACACUUUCCAAAGAACGAGCAUACCGAUGCUUGAAGAUGUACCGGACAACAGACAUUCAACAUUGGAAAUCUAUGAAACUAUUCCAAUGACGAAUGUAUCGCCUUUAUCACCAAUGGCUGACAGUUACCCUUUAACUCAGGAAGUACGUAUAUUAGCAAACCUGUUUGAAUUUGGGAGUGAAUCGAGCGUUGGAAGCCUGCACUAUUACGAAACUGUCCCAGAUACCAUAAACAACGAUGUGGCAUCAUCUGACGGCGCCGAAGAGAACACUUCUGUACAUGCACCUACGCACGUUCUCUAUGAGAGUCUUCUAAGGUCAAGUACCGAUGUGAAAGAACAGUACACUACUAAAGCAAGCAGUUAGGCGAUGGAAAAUUGCCAUUCAAAACGACAUAAAGAAUCAAAAUGACGGGAAAUUUCAAAGCAUAUCACUCAGAUACGAUAUUGAAUAUAUAUAUAUAAUCCGAUUUAUUUAACAUAUGUUAUGCAUAUAUAAUCAAUGUACAUCUAGUUUGUAAGCUUCUUCCUUCAUAUUACCAACAAAUACACAUGGGAGUCGGGUACACUGGUCAAAAACUGCAUUAACGUUAACAUUUUGGUAUUUACAGAUCAAAGCGGACUACACACAACACACCAAUUUAUUAUGGCACAGGUGCUCACUUUUCAUUAUACCGCUAUACCGCUAUACACCAUCUAUGGUUUAAAAAUCAGUUACAUUAACAAACGAUAAUCAUUUGAUUAGCACAACGACGAGUUCCCCAAAAAUGAUCUAUGACCGUUGCUUAAAAGAACACAGUGUUUCAUUGACUUUCAAUGUUAGCCCUACUUUUUGCGCAAACCAAAAUGUAACGCUUAUAUAAUCACAUUGUCUGAUAAUGAUUAUAAACUGAAUAAAAAUGUGAUCGCAAUAGAAAUAGUUAAAUCGUGUUUGUUUCGCAGGGGAAUUCAAAUAUGACAGACUAAAAUGGAAAAUUCAGUUGGAUAUAAAGUGGUAAUGGGUUAACACUAUCCUCUAAAGUAAAGUUGAAGUGCAUAACGUAGCAGGA